AUGGCCAUCGACGCCAGAUUGUACAAGUUGGCCGAGGUUGUUGCUGAAGACAUCAACGGUGACGGUCACGCCGACGUUGUGCUGGUCUCCUCCUCCCUCAAGACCCUUCCCGAGUAUGCGGUGCUCGGCGUGGUUGAGUACGUUCCGGAUCUUGGCAAGUUCUCGUCGCUGACGACGCUAGUCCGUGGUGGCUCGGCGCUUCGCAACGUGCACUCGGUGGCGGUGGGCUCGGUGAUGGGCGGCAGCCGGUUAGACAUCUUGGGCGUGGUUGGCAAUGCAGUCAUGGUGUGGAUCGCGGCGCGCGGGGAGACGCAAGUGCUGGCGACAGUACCGGGCGCCAAGCUUGUGCAGGUUGUCGACGUCGACGCCGAUGGCGUGAACGAUGUGAUCGGCUCGUCGGCCGAUGGCCUGUUCUGGCUGCAGGGCCCGAGCUGGACGGUGCGGCGGACUGGAGGCGAGACGCUGACGUCAAGUAGAACAUCCAGCCUUCACGUAGUGUAUGUCGGUGCCAACCCGGCGCCGUGGAUCUGGGCAAGCGGGAUGAGCAGCCUUGUUGUGCUCGCGAACAACGGAAGCGGUAGCUUUACGCAAAGAUCCGGGCCGACUUUGCGUGAUGCCAUGUUUGUGCUCGAGGCGACGAACGAUACCCAUAUGGAUUUGAUGGUGAUCUCGGGCACGUCGCUCAUUGUGCACCCAGGAGACGGUGUCGGUGGCUUUCUCACGGCGGUCUCAAGUACGCUCCAGGAAGCGCCUUACCGGUCUGUGGCUGGUGACUUUGACAACGACGGCUUCGGCGAUCUGCUUGGAGGUCGGCAUAUGUCCAACUUUGUCCUUGGCUACUGGGGCACUGGCACAACGAGUGUCGGCCGCGAGAGCACGUUCUGGUGGAGCUUCCCCGAUAUCUACCGAACAGCGGAUGUGAACAACGAUGGGCUGCUUGAUGUUGUUGGCUCACGGGACUUUUCCGGCGCUACCGCGUACUAUGCCCUCGGCACGGGAUCAAGGACCUUUUCUUCAGGGAGAGUUCUGUUCGCGGAAAUGGCUGCACCGCAAGCGGCAGUUGUUGCAAGUGGCGGCCAUGUCGUCGCAGCGGUCAACGGCGGCGUUGCGACGUACGUCAAUCGGUUUGGAUCGAGCGCGUUUGACGGCCGCAAACAGAUUCUGGCAUCACCUGCAACAACUCUGCUUGCGAGCGACGUGAACAGCGACGGCGCCGACGAUGUUGUUGCGCUCCUCGACAGUGGAACUGUGGUGUGGAUCCAUGGGUUCGGGAAUGGGACUUUUGACGCAAUCCUCGGUGGCACGCUGGCGUCGCCACCGUCGCCGGUGGUAGCGCUGGUCCUGCUCCAUGCCAAUAGUGACAGUUUUGUUGAUGCGGUGGUGGCCACAAGCUCGCGUAUCGACGUGAUGUGCAACCCUAGCGGCGACGGGACUUUUUUCAGUUGCGCCAGCAUUGCGAUGGUCGGUGUGACGGCGCUCGGGGAGGGGCGCAUUUCCCCCGACGGCAGCACCGACUUGGUGACAGCUGUGGGCGGCGACGGCAGCGUCGGUGUGCACCUUGGAACGGGGACUGGUGGCUUUGGAAGCCGGAUCGUAAUUGCAAGUGGCGAGUACGGGGCGACAGUCGUGGCUGUGGCUGAUGCCGACGGCGACGGCGACGGCGAUGUGAUCGUGGGCACAGUCACGCGAGCUCGGAUCAUGCUCUACACCAACAUCAAUGCGAAUGCAGUUGUUUUCGACUCGGGAUUCACCAUCGCUUUGCCAGUCAACGAGCUAGGGGGACUAGCUCUGAGCUUUAUGGACGAUGACGAUGCACUGGAUGUGGUGUACAGCCACAGUGGCGGUGUGAGCAUUGUCUCGCUGGCUGGCACCCUGCGUGGCCUGGUCCGGGAAGUAACGUCGACGGCGUCUACCAACGGUGUACUUGCGCUGGGCGACGUGGACAGUGACGGACGAGUGGAUGUCGUGACGGCACCGUCGUCCGAGGUGCUCGGCUACUACCGGAACACCAACGAGACGUUUCCUGCCACGUAUUCGGAAGGCGGCACGGUCGCGAUCGCCUCGCGCCGGGCCAAGAUUGCGAGCUUGGACUUUGACAACGACGGCGACGUGGACCUUGCGGUUGCCGAUGAGAACAUGGGUGUGCGGCUUGUGGAGAACAAGUUUGGGCUGCCGGACAAUGUGGUGCCGUUUGCACCGUUUCCUGGCGCGUACGGCAUCGAUGCAGUGGAUGUUGACAGCGACGGCGACGUCGAUGUCGUGGUGUGCUCGAUCAACCCUGCGGUGCAACACGUCGCUUGGUUCGCCAACAAUGGCAUGGGACUGACGGUGCCAGCGGUCACCAUUUCGACCAACCUCGCAGCUUGCCGCGAUGUGGUCAGCAGUGAUCUUGACGGCGACGAGAUGAUGGACGUAGUGGCAACAAGUUCGACCGGCGUCCACAUCUUUUACGGGACUGGAGGCGGCAGCUUUGGUGAGCCUAUCGACAUGGAUGGAAGCGCGCCGAAUGCAAACAGCCUGGCUGUAGCCGACGUCAACUCGGACGGGAGGGAAGAUGUGGUGGCGGCUUGCGAAGCGCACGACGUUGUUUACGUGUGGCAUGCUGCCGGUGGUCGGAGCUUUGCAAGUCGGCUCGCCAUCAGUGUGACUGAUGCCAACGGAGUGGUGGCGUACGACGUGGACGGAGACGGGAGCAAUGAGAUUGUGGCGAGCGGGUUGAGGGUGAUCAUCUUACUCACGUGGACUGGAACCGGCUACGUGUCGUCGCCGAUCUACUCUGAUUUGUCCACGCUGACUGGAGUGACGGUCAGCCACACCAGCGGCAAGUACGCCGACGUCUUUGCUCGAUUCAACACCGGUGGGGUCAAGGUCUUCCGCAACGUCUCGGGCUCGUAUGCACUCGCGCUUCAGACGGAUGGUUCGACUCACACCAGGGCGAUCGAUGUCCUUGUCGAUGACUUUGACAGUGACGGCGAUAUUGAUGUUGCGUAUGGGGCUGCUGGCACGGUUGUGAUCUUUCGCGGAAGCGGGCAGACAGCGUUCUCUAUGACGUCGCGUCGGCUCCAAACACCGGGUGUUUCAGAGCAGCGUGCGUGUAUUGUUCCGUCGAGCUUUGCAUGCGUUGUGGCACGGCUAAGGGCGACAACGACGUGUGGGGAUCGGAAGGAACUUGUGCUGGAGGCCGGGACGUAUGGCUGUGCCCGUGACUUGCCGGCGCUCAUCCAGUCACCAGUCUCGAUUAGAUCGGCAAACGGCGGGGUUGUUUUUGACUGCGCAGUGGCUGGCUCAAGCAUCGGUGGAGUACUGUUCAAGAUUGAGGACAACGAGCUGACGGGCACCAGUGGGAGUCUGCACUUGUCUGGCGUGGAAGUCCGCAACGGCGGGGUGUCGCAGGUCGAUUCGGCUGCAUCGUCCGUCAUUCGCGUCUCGGGCACCGGACAAGAUGUGGUUCUGCGGUCUGUGGUGUUUGCCAGUUGCAGCUCUGUGGGGCACGGCUCCCUGUUCCAGUUUGACAGCGGGCGCGGUGGGGCGCUGUCUGUGGUGGACGGCGCGGCUGCGGAGCUUGUCGACGUGACGUUCAGUGGGUGCUCUGCGGCUCAGUUUGGUGGAGGGCUUUUUGUGCGCGGUGGCGGGAGCAGAGUCUCACUCGGCAAUACCUCGUUUGUGGCGUGUACGGCCGGCAGCGCGGGCGGCGGGCUGUAUGUGGGCGACGGCAGCCGAGUCGAGAUCGGAGCUGCGGGUGCGAGCUUUACGAAAAAUGUGGUGAGCACCGGGCCUGGCGGUGGGCUGCUUGUUGCGAGCGGCGGAGCGCUUGUGGGCGAGAGCGUGACGUUUUUCGGCAAUUUGGCGCCGCGGGGCAUGGGCGGCGGUGUUGGCGCAAUUGGCACUCGGGAAGCGGCCAUCGAGCUGACGGACAGCAGUUUCUCCAGCAACUCGGCAGCCAUCGGCGGAGCGCUUGGUCUGGCCGAGACGAGUGGCGUGUCGGCCGGAGCGGCGGUGGCUUCAGGCGCGACGGUGCCUGUUCCCAGCAGAACUCUGCGGGCUGGAGCUUUGGCUGCAACCGUCGUUGUCAACAACUGCACUUUUGACAAUAACGUGGCGUCUCUGUUUGGCGGUGGCCUGUUUGCGUGCGGGUCUUGGGUGCGAAUGGCGGGCAAUGCAAGUGCGAUGGUGGGCAACACUGCACUGCGAUCGGGCGCGACAAGGACCGCCCACGACGCGUUUGUGUGCUUGUCUUCGGCUGUGGACGCUUCGUUUAACUCGAGUCGGAGCAAUUCGUCGGGCAUUCCGUGGCUGAGUAUCGAGGCGGAGCACGUGUUCAAUCAAGUUGCGAUUGCAGGGCCGCUGGCAGAGUUGCAAAUGGUCGAUGCCGGUGCGAGUGUGGUGUUUGCCGGCGAGGCUGUGUCGGCCAAGGUCCGCGGGCGCGAUGUGCUGGGCCAGGACGUGGUGUAUGAUCGAACAUCCCUGCGACUGCGGUUCGAGAGUGUGAGUGGAGGCGCUGCAGUGCCAAACGAGCCGGGCGAUAUGUUGCUGUCGAGCCUGGCGGCGCCUGUGCCGUCGGGCUUUGUGGCGCUGCUUGCGACGGCGGAGCCGUCCGGGGUUGCGGUCGCGUACGAGGUGAGCGUCGAAGGCGGAAACGUGGUGGGUGUUCGCGGAAGCAUCAACGUAACGGUCUGUCCGGCUGGGUAUGGCGGGACAAUUGCGAGCGGGUUGGGAUCGGCGGCGCUGGUGUGCACCGAGUGUGAUGCGUCGUCUUCGUCGGAGGGUGGGAGCAUGGCGGCAUGCGUAGCAACGCCGCCGUGCCCGUUGAACAUGGCGCUCCUGGCCAACGUGACCAAGCCGGACCCCUCUCUCUGCCGAUGCGUGGUGGGCUUCUACGCGCCAAGCGGGGUGGAUUGCGUCGGCGGGCUUGCCAUGCCUGUGGCGGCAGUGGGAUUCUUUGCGUCCGAGUCCGGCGCGUUUGUGCGCUGCCUUCGUAGUGGAUGCUUGGGCAACAACAUGUGCGAGGUCGGUUACGAUGGAUUUGCGUGUGCAUCGUGUGCGGACGGCUACUACGCUUCGUCGGCGAGCGUGUGCAGCAAGUGUCCGCCGUCGUCAGGUGGCCUGAUGGUUGUCGUGGUAGCUCUCGCGUUGGUUGUGGUGGUUGGUGGGGCGGCGAUGGCGGGGCGUUCGCUGGUGAAGGCGAUCACGUCCGGCGGUGGAGGGCAGGAGCACGUGCUCGCGUUUCGACGGCGGCGCACCCCGGCUUCUGUGUCGAUGGUGAUCACGACUGCGCAGCUGAUCGCGAUCAUUGUGUCGAGCGACUUUGGUUGGCCACGCGGGGUGACAGCCGGGCUCUCUGGCUUUGCGCUGGCCAACGCCGACGCGCGGCUACUGGCGACCGGGUGCUCUGUCCGCGACUACGGGUCGAUGUAUGUGAUGUCACUGGUGGUGCCAAUGGUGUGCGUGGUAGCGUGCGUACUUCUUCUCGCCGGUCUGCGGUUUUGUGGUGUGGGCAUGUUUGCGCCACUGAAGGAGGUUGGUUUGAGCGCUGUCGCCGAUGGCGUUGUGUUUCUACUUGGACCGCUGCUCUAUGUGCCGCUCUCCAAGUCGUCUUUGGAGCUGUUUGACUGUACUAAGCUCGCUGAUGGUCAAUGGGUGCUCGACAGCGAGCCUUCGUUUAGCUGCUACAGCUCCGAAUGGUGGUCGCUUGUCCCGUGGGGCGUGGCGAGCGUUGUGGUUGUGGUGAUGGGCUUGCCGGCGUGGGGCUGCUUCCGACUCUGGCGGCAUCGCGACUCGCUGCUCGAGCCGGAGACGACGACGCGGUUUGGCGUCAUUUACCAGGCGUUCCGGACGCGAUACGCGGCGACGGGCAUGCUUGUUCUUGUCCUUCGGCUAGGCAUUGUGAUUGCCGCGCUGUUUUUCUCGAGCACCAAGCUCGUGGUCUUCUUUGCCAUCUUUUUCAUCCUUGCGUUCUCGAUGGGCUACUUUGUGGCGGCUGCGCCGUACUACGUGCCGAUGUACAACCGGCUGCGGGCGCGGCUCGAUGGGUGUGUGAUGGCGAUUGCGCUAACAGGCAUCGGCUUCCAUGCGGAGCGCGGGUCCGAGACGAGUUCUACAACGGUGGUGGUGCUCACGGUGGUGGUGGCACUGGCAGCGGUGGCAACAUUGGUGGUGUCGAUCCACGGGGUGGUCGCCGAUGUGCGCGAGACCAGGGCGGCUCGGGCGCGCGGUGGUGCCGCCGAGGCCGAGCAUCGAUGGAAGGUGGUGGCGGGUCGGGUAGAGCGCGAGCUCAUCGAGGUCGAUGCAGGCGGUGAAGGCGAGAGAUUUCUGGAUGCGUUCCGGCUGGCAAUGCUUGUCGAGUGUUCGACAGAGUCGUCGUCGGUCGAGUUGUCGAGAGCGUCGUCGACAGCGUCGUCGACAGCGUCAUCAACGGUGUAGCGUUCGGUGUGUGGCUAGAAUUGUGUGUCUUGCGAUGAACUUGCUUUCCGCAACAUGGUGACUGCGUUACGGGUUGCGUCUGCGGAGGGCAAGACCAGUGGCGGCGGCGGUGGCGAGGGCAGCGGUGGCAAUGGCGGCGAUAAAGAGCCAGGAGGUUG